AAUCACCAAAGCCAAAAGUUUAUCAGCUUUUCAGUAUUUCUGUUUCCACUUUCUUUCUCUUAACUUUCACUCACUCUCUCUCACAUGGCGCCCAAGGCAGAGAAGAAGCCGGCGGAGAAAAAGCCCGCAGCGGAGAAAGCUCCGGCGGAGAAGAAACCCAAGGCGGAGAAGAAGCUGCCGAAGGAGGCGUCUUCAACCGACAAGAAGAAGAAGAGGUCGAAGAAGAAUGUGGAGACCUACAAGAUCUACAUCUUCAAGGUCCUGAAGCAGGUCCACCCAGACAUCGGCAUUUCCAGCAAGGCCAUGGGGAUCAUGAACAGCUUCAUCAACGACAUCUUCGAGAAGCUGGCUCAGGAGUCCUCCAAGCUCGCCAGGUACAACAAGAAGCCCACCAUCACCUCCCGGGAGAUCCAGACCGCCGUCCGGCUUGUGCUUCCCGGUGAAUUGGCUAAGCAUGCUGUGUCUGAAGGCACCAAGGCUGUCACCAAGUUCACCAGCUCUUGAAAAUUAGGGUUUUUAGUUACGAUUUGUGCUGAAUCGGUUGUUAUCUGUAGUUGAAUUAGGGUUUCAGAUGUAAAGCUUUUGCUGUUUUGGCUAAGUUUAUUGUAACUUGUUAUCAAUGAUGAAUUGAAUUUCGAUUUCAGUAACCAA